UCCUCGAGCUCUCGUGAAAGAACACAGCACACCUCUCUUUAGUUUUGUUUUGUUUUUUUGUCCGUGCUGGUGAAAGUGGGGCCCACUUCACGAUGAGAAAAACCUAAGAAUCCACACAUUCCAAAAAACAACGGCAACCCUACAUUUCUCUUCACAUCUACAUUACAUAGCCCCUCUCUCUCUCUCUCUCUCUCUCUCUCUCUCUCUAAAGAUUUGGAUUAAUCCAUGAGACCCAUUUGCGUUUUGCUAUUCUUUUUUAUUUUUGCAUGAAAUUUUUUUUGAUAUUCUCUAUUGAUUCUGUAUUGGUUCUCCUUCCUUUUUUAUUGGAAGGGCUUAACUUUUUUGAAUAUUCUUACUGAUUUAUUGAUUGGGGUUUGUGAUCUGCUCUCGUUUUCUUCAUCUGGGUGCCUUAAAUUUUGAAUUUUGCUUCGAAUUCGGGAUCUGGGUCAGUGUUAUUUGUGGUGUCAAUGGGCGCUUUGGAUGAAGGGCCCUUGGAUUUGGAGCUUGAGAAUGGAGUGAAACUGGGUUCCAUUGACCUGGGAUUUGAGGAAGAGCCAGAGACUAUAGCCAUUGAAGAUGCUGUCAGAGUUCUAUUGCAUGGUUUAGGGGAGGAUGUUAAUAGAGAGGGUCUCAAGAAGACCCCUUUUCGUGUUGCCAAGGCACUUCGUGAAGGAACCAAAGGUUAUAGACAAAAGGUAAAGGAAAUUGUCCAGGGUGCUUUAUUCCCUGAAGCUGGUCUGGAUAAUGGGGUUGGUCAUGCUGGAGGUGCAGGUGGACUCGUGAUUGUUCGAGAUCUUGACCUCUUCUCAUACUGUGAGUCAUGCAUGCUUCCAUUCCAGGUCAAGUGUCAUGUGGGUUAUGUCCCUUCUGGUCAACGAGUUGUAGGCUUAAGCAAGCUUUCCCGAGUAGCUGAUGUAUUUGCAAAACGACUCCAAGAACCUCAGCGUCUGGCAGAUGAAGUUUGUUCAGCUUUGCACCAUGGGAUUAACCCAGCAGGUGUUGCUGUCAUUCUCCAAUGUUUUCACAUCCACUUCCCUAACUUGGAAUCUGUCUUUCUUGACUCAAAUAACCAAAGUUGGGUAAAGGUUCUGGUUCGUUCAGGUUCUGGGGUUUUUGAAAAUGAUACUGCCGAAGCGUGGAUUGAUUUUUUGAAUCUUCUGCAAUUUAGAGGCAUAAAUGUGGAAAAAGCUCGUCGGAGAGAUUCAAGUGAUCAAUUUUGGUGCCCAUCCCAAUCUUUCUCAGGUGAGAAAACUUCCUCCAACAAUGAACUGGCCAACCCAGGGAUGGAUGCUGCAGUAGCUUCAAUUCUCAGGUCUUUGGGUGAGGACCCAUUGAGGAAAGAGCUUUUAGGAACUCCUUGCCGAUUUUUGAAGUGGCUGAUGAACUUCCAAAAUAGUAAAUUGGAGAUGAAGCUAAAUGGCUUUGUUUUUGGUAGGAUGGAUUUGCUAAAACCCAAUGGGGAAGUCACCCAGAGUGAAAAACAUAUCCAUUCUGAGCUAAACUUGUCAUUCUGGUCUCAAUGUGAGCAUCAUUUACUUCCUUUUCAUGGUGUUGUCCAUGUAGGAUAUUUUUGUAGUGAAGGAUUUAAUCCCAUUGGAAAAUCCUUGUUACAGUCAAUAGUGCAUUUUUAUGGUUUCAAGCUCCAAGUACAGGAAAGACUCACCAGGCAGAUUGCAGAGACUGUUUCAUCAUUGUUAGGUGGAGAUGUAAUGGUAGUUGUGGAGGCUAACCACACCUGUAUGAUAUCUAGAGGGAUUGAGAAGUUUGGAAGUAGUACAGCUACUAUUGCUGCAUUGGGUCGAUUUUCAACUGACCCUGCUGCAAGGGCUAUGUUUUUGCAGAGCAUUCCAAGCACUUUCACCACUUGAGGAUGGGGAUUCUAAAUUAAACUCCUCUUGUGGGUUACUUGUCUCAGGUAUAGUUCCUGUCAUUUCUUUGCCUUUCUUGGUGGUUUUUGCACUUGGUAGUGGCGAAGGCAGGACAGGGAUUGAUUUUGAUGUAUCUUCUCAAAGAUGAUUUGAAAGCAGCGUUUGGAUAGCGGCUGCUUUUUGGCAUCUGCAUUUUCAGCU